AUGGAAAGAAAGGCUAAGAUUUGGGAGAGCCUGAAGACUGCAAGCGAAAGGCUUGAGAAAAAUGAUGCAGCUACAGCAGAAAGAUUCAUACAAACGCUUGAGGCGCUGGGAAAGAUGGAUCCGGCCGCACUCAAGCGAUUUUUGGACUCUUGCCCUUGCCCAGCUGAAUCGGUCCACUGCGUGCUUGGAGCAGCGCUUGUGAUCAGUUGCUUUGCAGAGCCCAUUCCUCCCAUUCCUCCUAGUCUUGAUGAAGAGCAAAGUGAUGAAGAGCAAAAGUACGCAGAAUUAGUGAAGGAAGAUGAAAAAAAUAAGAACGAGUACGAAAGGCUAAGGUGCCAAAAGGAAGUUAAGCUUGUUGCAGAUGCUUUUGAGGCGGCCACUGGUAAAGUGGCCAUCAUCAAGUUUCAGCCGAGUCGGGAUGAGUUUUAUGAGCUCAUCGAAGAAUGGAUUAAGCUGAUGACUCAGCAGGCAGGGGAAGAAGGAAGCAAAGACUUCCUGUUUUACUAUGCUGGUAAUGGCUGUGAGUUUGACCGGGAUCGUGUGUUCCGGUUCAUACCAGCAGAUGCCAAGCGAACAGAGGACUACAUCCCACUGCCAGGCAUCAUAGCCAAGAUUGAAGCUGAGUCAAAAAUCACAGGCUGCAAAGUGGUCUUUGGAAUUGAUGCCUGUCGCAGCAACCUUGAGGACGAGGUCAGUGCGGACAUUCAGGAGCGUUGCCACAACAACGAGUAUCUUAGGUUCUUUUCAACUCCGUCUGGGCAUUCUGCAGCACAUGAUAUAGACGCUGAAGAGAGCCCCUUUGCUCGAACCAUGGCACAGUCCAUUCCCCGCAUCACCAGUAGCCAUGAGAUUUACGCUGUCCUGGAUCAGGCCAUGAAAGCGAUUCGCAAAGUGGAACAGCAAGAAGAACCAGUGGUGCAAUAUACAGACCGCCCGCGUUCAAGCAGCUCCAGUGCCAAGAGUGCUUCGGGCAUUUUAUCCUCUGUUUCUCUACUCCUUUCCAGCUUGAGGAAAUGGGGCUACAGCAUUUUUCCGACGACAUUAAGUGCAAAGCUUCCAGAUUUUGUGGAAGACAUCCGGAAAUCGCACAGGUGGAAAGAGCAUGGUGGAUUGCCACCAUGGAACGUCCUAAGUGCAGGUGAGGUGGAACAACGGCCCCCUGAGUGUCCAGCACCUGGAAAGAGCUUUGACUGGAGCCGAUUGGUGGACGAAGGUUUCACCUUGGAGGUCAACGGGGCUCAGACGACUGGAGUGCCCGAAGGCUUAGGUUUUAAGGAUGCCCUGCAAUCCCGUUUGCGAGAAUGGGGUUACGAAUUUGGUGAUAGCAACGACAACACGGACCUCAUGAACCGAAUGCGUGCCUUUCGACAUCGCUACAUCAGGGGCCAGCCAAGUGAUCCGUUCCAGGUCGAAUUCUCAGAGCAAGAUUUUCGCACCAUCACUGAACUCUUGAGACUCAGAUCACUCAGAUCUGCCUCCAAAGCUGAGGUUUGACAACAGACGGGAUUCUGCACGCAUGCCACAGUAUCCUUCCCCUGUUGCCUCCAAGUUCGUACCCAGAAGUCACAAAUCUCCCAGCUGAUGGCUGUUCUUCUCCGCACUAGUGAGUCGCUGGUGUGAAAA